UUCUGCAGAGGAAUGUCGCUGCUGCUGCUACAGCUCAGCUGGGAUGGAGGACUGACAGAUGUUUCCAGAAAAGGAUGUCGGGACCGCAAUCUCUUCUACUAUUAAAUAACCAUGAUGCUCAAAAAAAACAUAAUAGUUAUCUCCACCUCUGACUGGCAAUCAAGAACAUUCAAUCAGAUCUAAGAGAACCGCUGCUGAAUUCAGAGACGAUAAUUAGUCGUUCAGCUUCAUAUUUGCUUCGAAGCAUGGAUCCUUAACUUCCUCAGCCACCAGAACACUCUGUCACACCCUCCCUUCGGUUGUUCUGUGACUAGCCGUCAGGGGGAGUUCCACUGUACCGCCACGCGUUACUGUACAAGCCCCAGACGCACCGUCAAGAUGUUUUCAGCGCUCAAGAAGCUGGUGGGGUCCGAGCCAGGGCAGUUCCGGGACAAGAACAUUCCAGCUGGCCUGCAGUCCAUGAACCAAAGUUUGCAGAGACGCUUCGCCAAAGGUGUCCAGUAUAACAUGAAAAUAGUCAUCCGGGGUGACAGAAACACCGGAAAGAGUACUUUAUGGCAUCGACUGCAGGGCAAGAAGUUUGUGGAGGAGUACCUGCCCACUCAGGAGAUCCAAGCCACGAGCAUCCAUUGGAAUUAUAAAACUACUGAUGAUGUGGUCAAGGUAGAGGUGUGGGACGUUGUAGACAAAGGCAAAGGCAAGAAGCGCGGAGAGAAUUUAAAAAUGGAGAAUGAGCCUCAAGAGUCUGAUGAGGUGGCCCUGGAUGCAGAGUUCCUGGAUGUGUACAAGAACUGUAAUGGAGUCAUCAUGAUGUUUGACAUCACCAAGCAGUGGACUUUUAACUACAUCCUGAGGGAGCUGCCCAAAGUACCCACCCACGUGCCGGUGUGCGUGUUGGGCAACCACAGGGACAUGGGCGAGCACCGCGUCAUCCUCCCCGACGAUAUCAGAGACCUAAUCGCUGGACUGAACAGACCAAUGGGAGCGUCUUACAUCCACUAUGCAGAGUCCUCAAUGAAGAAUGGGUUUGGUCUGAAAUAUCUGCACAGGUUUUUCAACAUCCCCUUCCUGCAGCUACAGAGAGAGACCCUCCUGAGGCAGCUGGAGACAAACCAGCUGGACAUGGAUGCCACCCUGGAGGAGCUCUGUGUCCAGCAGGAGACUGAAGAUCAGAACUAUGAGAUUUUCCUGGAGAACUUGGAGACUCGCAGUAAGGGCUUCGGCUCUCCUGGUCCCGCUAACGGUCAGAGUCCUGACUCGGGCUCCCAGUCCCCCAUCGUCCCUCCCAGCGGGGCGUCCACGGGCAGCUCCAGUCCCAGCACCCCUCAGCCCCCCGCACCCUCCCAGGUUCUCCCGCAGUCUCCCACUGUGUCUGCCUCCUCCCCUCCACCACCACCUCCGACGACGGCCGUCAGCGCAGCCAGUUCCCCCGCCAUUGAGUCGAAGCCGCCUGCCCAGUCGCCCGAGCACCUUCAGUCCUCGGCCGCACCGGGAGGGUCGGCAACCCAGAAACGCGGCUUCAUGUCCCGCUGGUUUGGAUCAUCUCCAGCCUCGGAGGCUCCUGCUUCGGCGCCAGACGACCCGCCCGCAUCAGUGUGUCCCACUAAGGUUCAGAGUCUGGAUGACUUUGUGCCAGAUGAGAGGCUGGAUAGAAGCUUCCUGGAGGACAGCCUGCCCUCCAAGACCAAGGUGCCUCCGCCUGCUCUGGCUGUGGACAGCGACAGUGACGGCGAAGACAGAGGAAACCCCAUGGUGUCUGGUUUCCAGGAUGAGCUGGAUCUCGACGACACAGAGCCCAGCCUUCCCCAACCUAAGACCCUGCCCCCCAGCAAAGACUUCACUCUGACCAGUGACGAGGACGAGGGGGUUCCAGAGGCCCCCGCCAUCACACAGAACCAAGACCUGGACAGUGAACCUGAGCUGAAAGCGCCCGUGAUCCACAUCACAAAACCAAAGGCAGCUUCUAAAGCCCCGGAGCUCAGAGGCCAGAGCGCAGCGCCCAUCUCCCUCACUUUAACCCCAGCAGCAGAGCAGCUGCCCCGACACCAGGGCAAGAAGAAGGGAAGUCCGACCAGAACUGAGGACUCUGAUACAGACCCCGAGACCCCUGUGGCUCAUCAGAUGCUCUCGUAUGUCAUGGAUGACCCGGACUUUGAGUCGGAAGCGCCGGACACACCGAAAAUAACAAAGGACAUAUUUCCAGUCAGAGACGAGCUUCUGUCCGACCUCUCUGACGACGACAUGCAGUUAGCCAAGGUGCCAGAACCCCUGAAGCCCACCCUGAUCUCCUUCAAACACAAGGACGACACCGACCUGUUUGGACUCGGCAUCCAAGAAGAGGCUCCCGCAGCCAAGGAGAGCAGCGAGGAGCAGGAAGACAAAGAAAGCAAACACUCCUCCAAAGACAAGAAGAAAAAGAAGAAGAAGAGCAAAGAGGAAGACGAGAAGAACAAGAAGAAACACAAACACAAGAAAAAGGAGAAGGACGAAGUCGCAGCGGGAGACGAGAAAGACAAAAAGAAGAAGAAGUCCCGGACCAAGAAAACAGAAGUGGACGAGCUGGAGGACUUUCUGGGCGGAGGAGCGGCGUCGAUCAAAAGAGAUGACGGUGAUUAUGAAGAACUAUAAAAAAAAAACAACAACAAAAAAAGCCUCCUGGUUCCUUGACUUGUAAGAGCAUAAAGCAUCUCCAAGCCAUACGCAAUACGCAAGGCUACCAACAACACCCAGGUAAAAUCACUAAGACUCUGGUACCUGUAUGUUCCUUCUGAUCGAUUUCCCCACCUGCACUACUGCUGUCACUUCCAUUCCAGCCGACAGGAAA